UUUUUCUUCUUUUUCCAGCAGCACUAAAAUAUAUUUGCUCAAAACAGAGGGAGAUGAAGAACUACUGGCAGCCAGUAACUUCUUAAAAGAAAAGAAAAAGAAGCAUGUUUUACUUCUCUGGGGCGAAAUACCAAUUAAAACGAUGCUGUGUUGUGACAGAUUGCUGAGCAAUUAAUGCGUAUUUGAGCAUCACGCUAGAUGCUUCCGCGAAAGCAACAACCUUACUGAGGCUGGGGCAGCCACACGUUAUAGCAAAACAAUCCUUCCUCAAACUUCCUGCAGCACCCUUCACGCCAAGGAGCCCAGAAACCACAGAAAACAUUUUUUUUCUUUGAAUCUCCAAGAGUUACACUGGAAGAAUUAGCUUGGCAGAAAGAUCCCGACAUUGAAUUCUAUUGGGGAUUUCAUACUUUCCUCAUUUGUAAGCAAAAUCCAUUUUCCAUGAGAUAUUUUUAGUGCAAGCAGCCCCUGUUGCCCUAUUCUCUUUCACUAUACCAUUAGAUGUUGAGGCCAUUCCAGAAAGGACACGUGAUUUCUAAGCAUCUCUCUUUGGUUCUUUCCUAAGUGACUAGUCUCGCAGGAGUCAGGGAAUACUAGACUCUUAACUACCAAAGACCUUAAAGUCCUUCCCAGAGCCUUGAAUUCUUAUUGAUAGGAUGUUAAAAUGCUUUACAGCUGCUUUUUCUAAGAGGUCAGCUUGGCGGAGCUUGCUGAGUGACCUCAGUAAAACAGAUAUUUUCAGCCCUGCAAGCCGCCUAUGUAAAUAUAAAAAUGUAUUAGGCUGCAGAACUGCAUGUGUGGGAACAGAACAACCAUACUAUUGAAAGGAAAUCACAGGGGAACACUGGUGUCUCUCACGCGGGGCUGGUUAAUGCGUGCAUGCUUUUGUUAAAUCAUCUUGAUCUAGUGAACUCUAUGUUUCAGAUAAGCCAAUUUCAUUUCUGGAACUUAUGAGCCAUGAAAAGUAAAACCUCAAUCAGUGAGAUAUCCAGCGAAAUUUCCUUCAGGAAGUGUUUAUGUUUAUAAAAAACAAUCAUUUUCACUCUUGACAUGAUGCUCAUUUGCCUCUGGAAAAAUUGUCAGUGUAAAGUCAGGUUUUCAGUUGUAUGAUCUGAAAAAGUAAUUCAUUUGUGUGUCUGACUGGGAAAGAUACAUUGAUUCAGACCUCUGAAAGGAGAAUCGAAGAGCUUCAUUGUAAUGAACAGGAAACAUGCUCUCGACGUGAAUUGAGAAAUACUCUCUGAGCGCAGUGCUCUAAUAUUCCUGAGUGUGUUCAGUUUCCGUGGAUCAAAUCUUUCCCAUCUCUGCAUCCAAGCUAUUUGGCCAUGAUCAGAUGAUCAGAGCUCAAGGAAGUGAUUGGAGAGUGAGCCGGCUGCAGCUGCAGUGUAGGCUGUUUUCAGGGACAAGGAGCCACUGUUUUGCAAACAUAGCAUCAACAUAGAAGUUAUUUUGUAGGCUCCAGGAUGCAGCGAUGGGCUGCACUGCCAGCAUUGUUCUGCUUCAAGCUUUUCGUUCUGUGGUCCAGAGGAGCUGUCCACACAUUUGUAGACGACGCCAAGAGGAACCAUCCCACGAAAUUUUGCCUCUGGAAAGUGACGAUGAAAUGAAUAGACCCAGAACCCUCAUCAUAAUGCAAGAAAAGCCUAGGCUUCUCGAGCCUUUGGAUUAUGAGACUGUCAUUGAAGAACUUGAAAAGACCUACCGGAAUGAUCCUCUUCAAGAUCUCCUGUUCUUCCCCAGUGAUGACUUUUCAGCAGCCACAGUUUCCUGGGAUAUCCGCACGUUGUACUCAACAGUACCUGAAGAUGCAGAGCACAAGGCAGAAAAUUUACUGGUGAAGGAGGCUUGUAAAUUUUAUAGUUCCCAAUGGCAUGUGGUAAACUACAAAUAUGAACAAUAUUCUGGAGACAUUCGACAGCUACCCCGAGCAGAAUACAAACCAGAGAAGCUUCCUUCACAUUCCUUUGAGAUUGACCAUGAAGAUGCUGAUAAGGAUGAAGAUACCACUUCCCACUCGUCUUCCAAGGGGGGUGGAGGAGCAGGAGGAACUGGCGUUUUCAAGUCCGGCUGGCUCUACAAGGGGAAUUUUAACAGCACCGUGAACAACACCGUUACUGUUCGGUCAUUCAAAAAGCGCUACUUCCAGCUGACUCAGUUGCCAGAUAAUUCCUACAUUAUGAAUUUUUACAAAGAUGAGAAAAUAUCCAAAGAACCCAAAGGAUGCAUCUUUUUGGAUUCCUGUACAGGAGUGGUGCAGAAUAACAGACUAAGAAAAUAUGCCUUUGAAUUGAAAAUGAAUGACCUGACCUAUUUUGUGCUGGCAGCUGAAACAGAGUCAGAUAUGGAUGAAUGGAUCCACACCCUCAACCGCAUUCUGCAAAUCAGUCCUGAGGGGCCCCACCAAGGGAGGAGGAGCACAGAGCUCACUGAUCUGGGGCUGGAUUCACUGGAUAAUUCUGUAACUUGCGAAUGCACGCCAGAGGAAACAGAUUCUUUAGAGAACAACCUACACCCAGACUUUGCAAAGUACCUCACAGAAACAGAAGAUACUGUAAGAACAACUCGAAACAUGGAGAGGCUAAAUCUGUUCUCUCUAGAUCCAGACAUAGAUACCUUGAAACUCCAAAAAAAAGAUCUCUUGGAACCUGAGUCUGUGAUCAAACCAUUUGAAGAAAAAGCUGCCAAGAGAAUCAUGAUCAUCUGUAAAACCCUCAACUUAAAUCUUCAGGGAUGUGUUACGGAGAAUGAAAAUGAUCCGAUAACGAAUAUUGAGCCUUUUUUUGUGAGUGUGGCACUUUAUGACCUCAGAGACAGCAGGAAGAUUUCUGCUGAUUUUCACGUGGAUCUAAACCAUGCUGCUGUCAGACAGAUGCUCUUGGGGGCUUCUGUGGCUUUGGAAAAUGGCAACAUCGACACCAUCACGCCAAGACAAUCAGAAGAACCUCACAUCAAGGGACUUCCGGAGGAAUGGCUAAAAUUUCCAAAGCAGGCUGUAUUUUCUGUAAGCAAUCCACAUUCUGAAAUUGUUCUGGUGGCCAAAAUUGAAAAAGUCUUGAUGGGAAACAUUGCAAGUGGUGCCGAACCUUAUGUUAAGAACCCAGACUCCAACAAGUAUGCACAAAAGAUACUAAAAUCCAACAGACAGUUCUGCGGCAAAUUGGGAAAAUACCGUAUGCCUUUCGCCUGGGCAGUAAGAUCAGUAUUUAAGGACAACCAGGGAAAUGUGGACAGAGACUCAAGAUUUUCACCAUUGUUUAGACAAGAAAGUAGCAAGAUUUCAACCGAGGACCUGAUUAAACUAGUAUCAGAUUAUAGAAGGGCCGACAGAAUAAGCAAAAUGCAGACCAUUCCUGGAAGCCUGGAUAUUGCUGUUGACAACGUUCCCUUGGAGCAUCCAAAUUGUGUAACAUCGUCCUUUAUCCCUGUCAAGCCUUUCAACAUGAUGGCUCAAACAGAACCCACAGUGGAGGUGGAAGAAUUUGUUUACGACUCAACAAAGUAUUGUCGGCCUUAUAGAGUAUAUAAAAAUCAAAUUUAUGUUUACCCCAGACACCUCAAGUAUGAUAGUCAGAAAUGCUUCAACAAGGCACGAAAUAUAACUGUGUGCAUUGAAUUCAAAAAUUCCGAUGAAGAAAGUGCCAUGCCCCUGAAGUGUAUUUAUGGAAAACCUGGAGGGACCAUCUUCACCUCAGCCGCCUACACAGCAGUUCUGCACCACUCUCAGAAUCCAGAUUUCUCAGAUGAGGUGAAAAUUGAGCUACCAACACAACUCCAUGAGAAACACCAUAUUUUGUUUUCUUUUUAUCACGUCACCUGUGACAUCAAUGCAAAAGCUAAUGCCAAAAAGAAGGAGGCUCUGGAAACAUCAGUUGGAUAUGCUUGGCUUCCUCUGAUGAAACAUGAUCAGAUAGCUUCUCAAGAGUACAACAUCCCAAUAGCAACAAGUCUGCCUCCUAAUUAUUUAAGCUUUCAAGAUUCUACAAGCGGAAAGCAUGGUGGGAGUGACAUCAAAUGGGUUGAUGGUGGCAAACCACUUUUCAAAGUAUCGACAUUUGUUUUAUCAACAGUAAAUACUCAGGAUCCACAUGUGAAUGCAUUUUUCCAAGAGUGCCAAAAAAGAGAGAAAGAUAUGUCUCAGUCACCUACCUCAAAUUUCGUCCGCUCUUGUAAGAACUUACUGAAUGUGGAAAAGAUUCAUGCAAUCAUGAGUUUUCUGCCUAUAAUUUUGAAUCAGCUCUUCAAAGUUCUGGUACAGAAUGAGGAAGAUGAAAUAACUACAACUGUCACCAGGGUUCUGACCGACAUUGUGGCCAAGUGCCAUGACGAACAGCUGGAUCAUUCUGUCCAGUCAUAUAUUAAGUUCGUGUUCAAGACCAGGGCAUGCAAGGAGAGGACUGUACAUGAGGAACUGGCUAAAAAUGUGACUGGUCUUUUGAAAUCAAAUGACUCAACAACAGUAAAGCAUGUCCUAAAGCAUUCCUGGUUCUUCUUUGCAAUUAUCCUAAAAUCGAUGGCACAGCACUUGAUUGAAACAAAUAAAAUCCAGCUUCCCCGGCCUCAGAGAUUUCCUGAAUCUUACCAAAAUGAAUUGGACAAUCUUGUCAUGGUCCUAUCCGACCAUGUGAUUUGGAAAUACAAGGAUGCACUUGAAGAAACGAGAAGAGCAAACCACAGCGUUGCCAGAUUUCUCAAGCGUUGCUUUACGUUUAUGGACCGAGGAUAUGUGUUUAAGAUGGUCAACAAUUACAUCAGCAUGUUCUCCUCCGGUGACCUCAAGACCUUGUGUCAGUAUAAAUUUGAUUUUCUUCAAGAAGUAUGUCAACAUGAACACUUUAUUCCUUUGUGUCUGCCCAUAAGAUCAGCAAACAUUCCAGAUCCUUUGACGCCUUCAGAAUCAACUCAAGAGUUACAUGCAUCAGAUAUGCCUGAAUAUUCAGUCACAAAUGAAUUUUGUCGCAAACACUUCUUAAUCGGAAUUCUGCUCCGAGAAGUUGGCUUUGCCCUGCAGGAAGACCAAGAUGUCAGACACUUAGCUUUAGCUGUCCUAAAAAAUCUAAUGGCUAAGCAUUCGUUUGAUGAUCGAUACAGAGAGCCAAGAAAGCAGGCCCAGAUAGCAAGUUUAUACAUGCCCCUGUACGGCAUGCUCCUGGACAAUAUGCCAAGGAUUUAUCUGAAGGACCUGUAUCCUUUUACUGUCAACACAUCUAAUCAGGGGUCUAGAGAUGAUCUAAGCACCAACGGCGGAUUUCAAAGCCAGACAGCUAUGAAACAUGCAAACUCUGUGGAUACAUCAUUUUCUAAAGAUGUUUUAAAUUCCAUAGCAGCAUUUUCAUCAAUAGCUAUUUCUACAGUAAACCAUGCUGACUCCAGAGCAUCUUUAGCAAGUCUUGACUCCAAUCCAAGUACCAAUGAGAAGAGCAGUGAGAAGACGGACAACUGUGAAAAGAUCCCAAGACCCUUGUCUUUGAUUGGCUCAACUCUUCGAUUUGACAAGUUAGAUCAAGCAGAAACCAGGAGUCUCCUGAUGUGUUUUCUUCACAUUAUGAAAACGAUUUCGUACGAGACUCUGAUUGCCUACUGGCAGAGAGCUCCCAGUCCAGAGGUGUCCGACUUCUUCAGCAUCUUGGACGUUUGUCUUCAAAAUUUCAGAUACCUAGGAAAACGCAACAUAAUAAGAAAAAUUGCUGCUGCAUUUAAAUUUGUGCAGUCCACCCAGAACAAUGGAACUCUCAAAGGAUCCAAUCCUUCCUGCCAGACAUCAGGUCUCUUGUCACAAUGGAUGCACUCCACUUCCAGUCAUGAAGGCCAUAAGCAGCACAGAUCACAAACUUUACCUAUAAUUCGAGGCAAAAAUGCACUUUCUAACCCCAAACUCUUACAGAUGUUAGACAAUACCAUGACCAGCAACUCCAACGAAAUAGACAUUGUGCAUCACGUAGACACGGAGGCCAAUAUUGCUACGGAGGUGUGCCUCACUAUUCUAGACCUGUUAUCGCUCUUCACUCAGACUCACCAGAGACAACUCCAACAAUGUGACUGUCAAAAUUCAUUGAUGAAAAGGGUCUUUGAUACCUACAUGCUCUUUUUCCAAGUCAAUCAGUCAGCCACAGCACUGAAGCAUGUGUUUGCCUCCUUGAGAUUGUUUGUAUGCAAGUUUCCUUCAGCGUUCUUUCAAGGGCCUGCCGACCUCUGUGGAUCGUUCUGUUAUGAAGUCCUAAAAUGCUGUAACCACAGGUCACGGUCAACUCAGACAGAAGCCUCAGCCCUUCUGUACUUUUUCAUGAGGAAGAAUUUUGAAUUUAACAAGCAGAAGUCAAUUGUCCGGUCCCACUUACAACUCAUCAAAGCUGUGAGCCAGUUAAUAGCUGACGCUGGGAUCGGAGGCUCUCGGUUUCAACAUUCGCUUGCAAUUACCAAUAAUUUCGCCAAUGGAGACAAGCAAAUGAAAAACAGCAAUUUCCCAGCAGAGGUGAAAGACCUGACUAAGCGUAUAAGGACUGUUUUGAUGGCCACAGCUCAGAUGAAGGAGCAUGAGAAGGAUCCCGAGAUGCUGGUGGAUCUCCAGUACAGCCUGGCAAACUCCUAUGCAAGCACUCCCGAACUACGGAGGACCUGGCUGGAAAGUAUGGCCAAGAUUCAUGCCAGAAACGGAGAUUUAUCUGAGGCUGCCAUGUGUUACAUCCAUAUUGCUGCUCUCAUUGCAGAAUAUCUGAAAAGAAAGGGUUACUGGAAAAUGGAAAAGAUUUGCACAGCAUCCCUGCUCUCGGAGGAUACCCACCCCUGUGAUAGCAACUCAUUACUAACAACUCCCAGUGGAGGAAGCAUGUUCUCUAUGGGAUGGCCAGCUUUUUUGAGCAUUACACCAAACAUUAAGGAAGAAGGAGCAAUGAAAGAGGAUUCCGGAAUGCAAGAUACACCAUACAAUGAGAAUAUCCUGGUGGAGCAGCUAUACAUGUGUGUGGAGUUUCUCUGGAAGUCUGAGCGAUACGAACUCAUUGCUGAUGUCAACAAGCCCAUCAUUGCUGUCUUUGAGAAACAACGAGACUUCAAAAAAUUGUCAGAUCUCUACUAUGACAUUCAUCGGUCAUACCUGAAAGUGGCAGAGGUGGUGAAUUCAGAGAAGCGGCUGUUUGGUCGCUACUAUCGUGUGGCAUUUUAUGGGCAGGCCGUGGGCUUUUUUGAAGAAGAAGAAGGUAAAGAGUAUAUUUAUAAAGAGCCUAAGCUGACAGGUCUGUCCGAGAUUUCCCAAAGACUCCUCAAGCUCUAUGCAGAUAAAUUUGGAGCAGACAAUGUGAAGAUAAUCCAGGAUUCCAACAAGGUAAACCCCAAGGAUUUGGACCCCAAAUAUGCCUACAUCCAGGUGACCUAUGUCACGCCAUUCUUUGAGGAAAAGGAAGUCGAAGACCGGAAGACAGAUUUCGAAAUGCACCACAACAUCAACCGCUUUGUCUUCGAGACGCCCUUCACGCUGUCGGGCAAGAAGCACGGUGGAGUGGCGGAGCAGUGCAAGCGACGGACAAUCCUGACAACGAGUCACCUGUUCCCCUACGUGAAGAAGAGAAUACAAGUUGUUAGCCAAUCGAGCACAGAACUGAAUCCAAUUGAAGUGGCAAUUGACGAGAUGUCCAAGAAGGUUUCUGAGCUUAAUCAGCUUUGCACAAUGGAAGAAGUGGACAUGAUCAGAUUGCAGCUCAAACUGCAAGGAAGUGUCAGCGUGAAGGUUAAUGCCGGGCCAAUGGCCUAUGCACGAGCUUUUCUUGAAGAAACCAAUGCAAAGAAGUACCCUGACAACCAAGUAAAGCUUUUGAAGGAGAUCUUCAGGCAAUUUGCAGAUGCAUGUGGGCAGGCCCUUGACGUGAAUGAGCGCCUCAUCAAAGAGGACCAGCUGGAGUACCAGGAAGAACUGAGGUCCCACUACAAGGACAUGCUCAGCGAACUCUCCACUAUCAUGAAUGAGCAGCUCUGUCGAGGUCCGUGUUUAUACAGCUUCUGUUCCUCUGUGUCUAGUAUUUCCCUCAGUACUGUAAGCAAAAGUGAUUACGGGCAGGGACGACCCAUCAAAGCGCGGAGUGGACCAAACCUGCACUCGAGUAAUUAGCAAAGCAACUCCGGCCCUACCCGCGGUCUCCAUCUCAUCUAGUGCUGAAGUCUGAGGGCUCUGCUGCAUCAGACCCACCUCUAAGAGAACUUUCUGAAUUUGCAGCUAAUCUCGGGGAAGACAGGUUUAAUUUAUUUGAAGUUUUCAUGGUGUUAAUAUUUUUGUUUACCUCGCUAAGCUUCAGAAUUUUGCCAAUCUCUGAAUUUGCACAUUUUGUAUAAUUUUUUUUUUCUUUGAGCAGUGUUGAUCAAGCCAAGGUGAGUAUUUGCCAUGAAAUUCCAGUGAAUGUGUAGCUCAAAUGCAAACCCUAAGUUUGCUGUCAGUUAUUGUAUGGUCAGUACCCCAGUCCUAGUACACAUAUUUUAAAGGUUAAAGUGAAUGUUUUUGUAACAUUUAAGCAUAUUUCAGAUGUAAAUAAAAGAUUGUAAAAUAUACGGUUUUUACCAAAUUUAAAAGAUCCUUUUUAGUUAAUACUAUGACAGUACUAAAAAUAUAUGAAUAACAUUUCAGAUACCAUUAUAUUAAAAUAUUUGUGUAUGUGUACAGAAGUGUUGAUAAAUACUAAUCUUUAAAGUUUGUGGAGUUUCUUUAUUUGUAAUAUAUGUGCUCUUAAAAGCAAUGGGAUGUGAAAUUAUGAAAGUAUUUUAUUGUUCAUAGAAAUAAAAAAUACGGUUACUUUGCA